UAAAAUGACAGAUAAAAUAUGACAAACCGUAAAAUAAUCUCGUUAUAAAGUAUUUAUUGAAUAUACAAAUAAUGUUUAGAUUUGCGAGAGAAUCAUUAACGAAGUUCCAGAAAAAUCUUCAAAAUGUUGUUAAUAGGAGACAGUCAACGCAAGAAAUUGAUAUAUUCAUUAAUGGAAAACCCGUUAAGGUGCCCAGCUACUUCACAAUAUUACAAGCUUUACGUCGCGAGAAAUUGACUGUGCCCACUUUUUGUUAUCACGAACGUCUCUCCAUUGCUGGUAACUGUAGAAUGUGUUUGGUCGAAUUAGAAGGCCUGUCAAAGUCACAGGUAGCUUGCGCCAUGCCCGUGUCGAAGAACAUGAAAAUACGAACAAACUCCGCUAAAACCCAAACGGCUCAAGAAGGUGUACUAGAAUUUCUACUUGUUAAUCAUCCAUUAGAUUGUCCUAUUUGUGACCAAGGAGGUGAAUGUGAUUUGCAAGAUCUAUCGAUGAGAUUCGGCAAUGACCGUUCAAGGUUUACUGACGUACAUUUCGACGGAAAAAGAGCAGUCGAAGAUAAAAAUUUAGGGCCCUUAAUACGAACAGAAAUGACUCGUUGCAUUCACUGUACUAGAUGCAUCAGGUUCGCUUCACAAGUUUGUGGCUUGGAUGUUUUAGGUACUGCGGGGCGAGGCACUGAAAUGCUUGUUGGUACUUAUGUCGAUAAGAUGUUUUUAUCUGAGUUAUCUGGAAACAUCAUUGACUUGUGUCCUGUGGGAGCUUUAACAUCGAUGCCUUACAUGUUCAAAGCAAGACCUUGGGAAGUACGGAGAACCAAUUCCAUUGACGUUACAGAUGCAACCGGUACUAAUAUUGUAAUAAAUCAUAGAUUUGAUCGUGUUUUAAGGAUACUCCCUCGGGAGCACGAUGAAAUAAACCAAGAAUGGCUUUCCGAUAAAGGACGGUGGGCCAUGGAUUCACUUGAAAUACAAAGAUUAGUGACCCCUAUGCUCAGAGUUGGUUCUUGUUUAUGUCCUAUCGAAUGGAAUUGUGCGUUGAAAACCGUUGCAGACUCGAUAAAUUGUACUUGUCCAGAAAAUGUAAUGGCUAUUGCCGGUCCCCAUUGUAAUGUUGAAACUUUGGUAGCGGCCAAAGACUUUUUAAAUAUGUUAGGUUCAGAAAACACGUACGUCGAGCGCGGGAUGUAUUAUACACAAACGGGAGCUGAUAUAAGAGCGGCGUAUUCUUUAAAUGUAAACAUGAGGGAUAUAGCUCAAGCCGAUAUAAUUUUACUAGUUGGAACCAACCCGAGAUUCGAGGCUCCUAUUUUGAAUGCAUGGAUCCGACAAGCCUAUAUUACAAACGAGUGCGAUAUUUAUGUAAUAGGUCCUCGAUGCGAGUUCAAUUAUUUUGUCAACUAUUUAGGCGAUGAUAUACAAUCAUUAAGUAAAGCUAGUGAAGUAUUAAAAGAAGCUAAAAAACCACUUAUUUUAGUUGGAAUUUCACAACUGGAAUCGGCAUUUGGUGGGAAAAUCAUGAAAGAAUUGACUAAUAUUGCAGCUUCAUUUAAGGUAAACAAUUGGUCAGUUUUGAAUAUUGUAACGCGAGAGGCUAGUUUUGCCGGUGCGUUAGAAGCUGGUUGGAAGCCGGGAGCUUUAGCAGCAUUACAAGAAAAAUGCCCAGAUGUUUUGAUAUCAUUGGGUGCUGAUGAAAUAUUUUAUAACUGGUCGCCACCACAGUCAUGUAAACUUAUUUAUAUAGGUUUUCAAGGUGAUAAAGGUUCGGAGAAUGCAUCUAUCGUUUUGCCGGGAAGUGCUUACACCGAAGCCGGUGGAUUAUAUUUGAAUAUGGAGGGUAGAUCUCAACACGCACUUCCUGCAGUCACACCGCCAGGGAAAGCGCGUCACGAUUGGAAGAUUAUACGGGCUUUAGCGGAAUAUACUGGGAUAUGUUUGUUCUACAGCGAUCACAGUUCUUUAUCCUGUCGUCUGUCUCAAGUGAGCCCUAAUUUCGUACAUUUGGGAAAGUAUCAGGAUAAAUUAUUCAGUGACUUGAUUGCCCCUCUUAUUUGUUCGGAUAGCAGUGCGAAUGGUAAACUUAAUGUCGACAUGAAGACUCUGGUUGAUUAUUAUUGUACCGAUGUGUUUACUUACAACUCUACGACGAUGAUAAAGGCCCAGAAAGCUGCAGCAGAGCUUGCGAAAUCUAGUUACGCUUGCGUGUAAAUGUUUUAAUUAAAAUCUUAAUGUUGUUA